AUGGCUAUAAAAGCAAAAAGGACCCCAAAACCGGCGGAUAUGUCAACAGAUGCACUGAAAAUGCUUUGGUAUGCUCGUUUGCAUCCAAAUCUUAAAUCAAAAUGGAUUGUUUUGAUUGUAUUCGUCAACGUGUUUCUAUCUUUCUUAAUAAUAGUUCUAGCAGUAAAAGGUAUCACACUUUCGUACAACGACGACCUCUUUUUUAUGUCAGAAUGUUUACAAAGUUGUAUUUUACUAACACAUACAAGCGUCAAACUGGUCAUCAUGCACUCUAAUAAACGAGACUUAGCAAGAUUGAUUGAGAAAAAAUCAAAAUUUUGGCAAGUCGUUGAUUUUAAAGACACACCACUGUACCCACAGUGUUUAAUUAUUGCCACUUUCGUUAAAAAAAUCAUUCGAUUUUAUUUUUUCACAGCCAUGUCGGCUGGGUGUUACGUACCACAAGGGUGGUACAAUUUUCUCAAAGUUAUGAUGUGGUACAUGUCGUGUGUUGUUCUUUUUUCUGUACAAGGAACGGAUUGUUUCUUUUGCUCGCUGGCGAGCUCUCUAACUGUUCAGUUUAAGUUGUUGGCUUACAAGUUCAAGAACUUGACGAUUCCUUCUAGCAAUGACGAAAAUACAGGGGAAAAUCUGAUUUGGAGCGAGCUGCAAAAGCUAAUUGAUUACCACAAUUAUUUGCUAAGAGGUGACUGGACCAACAGAAUAAAAUUUCUGUUGUACUUUGCAGCUAUUAUUGUUGAGACAGGCUUUUACUGUGUGCCCUUAGAAUUUGCCAUGAAUAUCGCUCAACAAAUAGACGAUGCUGUCUAUGAUUCAAACUGGUAUAACAUAGACGGGGUUCAGCUCAAGAAAAGUUUGGGUGUUAUUAUUAACAGAGCUCAGAAACCUGUCAUAUUCAGCGCGUAUGGAAUGAUUAACAUGAAUCUUCGAACCUAUAUUUUAGUAAGUCUUAUAGGUAGAGCACUCUUAUUGAGCACUUGUGAAUUAAACGAGUAA